AUGUGUGUCCCAACAGAGACGAGAUGUUUGAUUGACACAACGCUAAUUGGCGGCCAUUCGGGUUGUCCAUAAUAUGCCAGGAUUGCAGGGAUUACGCAACAUGCGUGCCAAGGAUAAUCAGCAGACAGACUCUGACGAAAAAAAGUCUAGGAAAAGUCUGGGGAGGAAAAUCAAAUCACAAACUUGUGGCAUAGUUUCGGCUGGUCGAAAUAAAUCACGACAAGGAUUCGACGACAAGGACACUGGACUUAUAUUUCGCCAACUGUAAAAGGUCCUUUUAAUGAACGAACAAACGGACGAGCUGCGGAGGAUUACGCUGCCAAUGGACAGUGACUUCCCAGACGACCCCAGGAUCCGCAGGAACCCCAGGAACCCCCAAUCGACCAGCCAACGAAUCGAGUUGAGUAAACAACUUGCGCGUCCUUGUCCACUUUUAGUCCUUGCCACCAACACCCCACUCGCCGCAUUUCAAGUGUUAAUUGUGUGCGUGAUUUAAGCUUUGCUCGGCGGGACUCCUCGGAUCCCGGCCACCCUCUUGACCAAUUCGAAUAAUUGCUUUUUGAUUGAGUUCAAUGCUGCGGAGGCUUAACUUAAAUUUGAAUUCUCAAUCCGGUGGCACGCGUUGAAGGCAGAGCAAGGAUAUAUCUUCAGUCCCAACUUGGCCAUGUUCUAUCCGUUGGAGCUACCUCGGCCUCGUCGGCCCAUAAAUAGGGAUUAUGGUGGAAAUGCAGGACUCAUCCAAACGCCUAAGCAAGAUGACAGACGUGGUCCACAAAAAAUAUUGAGGUUAAUGCUGCCCUAUCUCAAGGACUAUGCCGCCACCUCCUCCGUGCAUGGCAUACGAUAUCUGACGGAGCCAAAGAUGAGGAACUUUGAGAGAUUAAUUUGGCUUGUGAUCCUGGUGACCACCUCCAUAGGCGCUGUUGUGGUCUAUGUCGAUCUAAGCGAUCUCUACCAAUCAGUUCGCAUUCAGACCACGAUUAAGAACACCAUGCUACCCAUAUUCCGAGUGUCAUUUCCCUCGAUUGCCUUGUGUCCGCGAAAUCGGAUGAACUGGCAGAUACUGGAGAACGGAGCUGCGGAACACUUCCUGGGAGCCAAUGCCUCGGAGGUUCAGAAGGACGUCUUCCUUAAGUUCUUCACUAUUGCUGCAGAUCCUCACUUGGCACGCCUCGGAGAGCUAUCGAGUUUCUUUAGGAACGAAACUCUGACUGAUAAUCUUUAUUUGUUGGAUGGGUUGGAUCUGGCGAAGGUGUACGAGUAUAUUCAGUUCAGGUGUCAGGAUUUUAUGCAUUCCUGUCGCUGGCGGGGGAAUCCGAUGAAUUGCUGUGAGGCCUUUGAGCUUCAGUUCACGGAGUCGGGCUUGUGCUAUGUUUUUAAUACGGCAAUUAGUCAGGCAUCGCGACAGAGAGCGAAAGAGGACAAGUUCUACCCACUUCGCACUCCCCAGUAUGGCGAAGGAUCCGGCCUCGAUGUUUUCCUGCGCAUCAACAGAUCCCUCAUUCGUCCUGGCAAACGUGGCGUUAAUGUGAUGAUCAAGCAGCCGCAACAGUGGAGCGACGUCAUCCGCCAUGUGCCCCAUGAGGCACACACCAGGAUCAGCAUGGUGCCGCGGCUCACGGUCACCGAUGAGCGCACUCGGGCUGUGAGUCCUGUGGCCCGUCGCUGCAUCUUCCCGGACGAAAUCAAUGAUCCGUACUACAAGAAUCUGCCGGGAUUUACCUAUUGGGUGGGAAACUGUCGCACCAAGUGUCAUCAGGAGCACGUUGUCAAUCUGUGCAAGUGUUCGCCACACAUUUUCUUUCCCGUAACGGAUAAGGAUAAUUUUACAAUCUGCAAAGCCUCGGAAUACAAGUGUCUCUACAAUCACAGAUUAACCUUCAGCAUCGAACGUCAUCCCGAAGAAAAGGAUUUUGUGGACAAUUUGUACAAGGAAGGAAUGAUCUGCGAUUGUUUUACCAGCUGCACCCAGCUAAUAUUUGAUCGAGUUUUUACCACAACAACACUGGAGUACGCCAGAAUUCCCCUUAAAAUAAUCGCCGCCAUUGCCACUGUCUAUGUGAGCGUGCUCUCCUCGGAAAGGUAUUUCUACUACUGGGUACAGACCACCAUCGAGCGGACGGAUAUGCAUGUGUCGGAGAUCAAGUUCCCAGCCGUGACCAUUAUCCCGAUGAACUUUACUAGCCUAAAUCGAUCGGAGAAGUCGGUGCGUUACGAGAAGGCCUUCAAUCUGGUGCAAUCCGUGAUUUGGCAGACUCCGGUAGCAGCUCGCUUUGGGGAGGAGAACUUCACCGAGUUUCCCGAUCUCGAAGACUUUAGCCUGACGUCGUGGAGCAUCUCCGCCUCCUGGCAGCUCAAUUGCCAAUUUUUCUUCACCGAGUGCCAAUGGCGAAGGAAGGCGGUGAAUUGCUGUGACAUCUUUCGGCCGGGAAAGACCUUCAAUGGUUUUGCCUUUGUAUUUAACACCGAGCUGCCCUCGGAUAGGGAUCCCACCUGGCCGUGGUCGGUGGCUGCUUCGGGAUCCCAGAGUGGACUUAAUGUGAAGAUACGGCGGAAGCAAAGUCUGUACACUGUUAAUACGUUGGGGGUCAUUGUCCAUGAACCCGAUCAGUAUCUGGGCAUGAGCAUUGACUACUCCUCUGAAGAUCGCAUUGUGGUGCCAGUGGAGCCUCUAAGUUUUUCUGCCGAGGACGAUGUUCGAGCCCGUCCCAUUUCCAUGCGACGUUGUUACUUUAAGAGUGAAAUCAAGGAAAGGGCAUCUCGUUCGGAGUGCAUUUACAAGUGUCAUUACCACUACAUUCUGAACAAAUGCAACUGCACAAUUAAUCUUCCAAUGCAUGCCAGGUCGAGCGAGGAGAUUGUCGAAGCCACAGAUCCAACAGGCAGGAGGAUUUGCGGUGUUUCGGAUCUAUACUGCUUUAAUAAGCACAAAUUAACCCUUUUCUCCAUGAGCAACAUCAUCGAGGAGUCCCGGGAUAACAAAUUCACCACCGUUGACUGCGGCUGCUUUCCCGAGUGCGAUCACACCCAGUACCACACCUCCACGUACACGGAGAAAAUGAGCACCUUCACCAGCCAUGCCUCGGAGAUCGAGAUAGAUGUGUACUUUCAGGAGGAGACCCUCUUCUCCUACCGCUCCAUGCUGCGCUUCACCCUCAUCGAUCUGAUGGUUUCCUAUGGAGGAAUAGCUGGCCUGAUCAUGGGCAUCUCAGUUCUGGGCGGAGUGAAUGCCUUCCUGGAUCGCUUUGCCUGUUGUCGUCUUCCAAAUGGCUCCUAGAUCCAGUCAGAUGCAGAGACAGCUGCUUUCCCACGUUUUACCUGUGCCAACCUGUAAUCGAAUCACACACCCCUUCCUCAUCUGGUUCUUGGGAUACACACAUAAAUAAUAAAUAAAUCCAGUCACACAAGAAAACAAAGGAAACCGUAUAGCUACCUGCAAGGGCAAUGGAAAAUUUCUGGAUUUGCUAAGAACAUUCGGAGUAUCGAAUGCUUAUUCCUGAUAAAAAUAAAUAGGGUUUGUUCACUUGCACCUAAAUAAAUAUGUGGAAAGCUCAUUGGAAAAUGGAAGAAGAACUUCAAAAACAAGCUCAAUUAAACGAUCCCCACAUGUUCCGAGUUGGCUAAACAUUUUAAGCACUGGUAUUAAUUAGACAAAAAUAAAGAAAGCAGUUGAAUAAACGACAAUUUGCCAGAGAUUAAAGGGGAGGAAUAGUCUUAUCUGCGGGCAGAGCCGAAGCCUGCUGCUUAGGUUAUCAGAUGGCAUCAACACGUCCAUUGUUGUCCACUUGGGCACAUCACAAGAGCAUUGACAAUGGAGGAGAGAGCACAAUCUAUCGGCAUAUAUUUCGGGCACUUCCCUUGGAGACCACGCAGGUACCAAGUCCA